UCCGUAGCCAUUUUGGCUCAAGGCAGUUCCCACUGAAGUGGCCCGAGCCCAAGGCAGCUACAGCGUUCGGCCGAAGUAUGCCUGACGGACGUGUCUGGCUCUUCAGCUUCAAUGUUCUCGCAGUCGUUGCUAUUGCCUGGCGGGCGCGCGCUUCUUGUCGAGGUGCCCAUUUACCACGAUUGGGCUCGAUGUUUCAUUCGUUCCAUUCCACGAUGAAGCGGGUGCUCUGCAUGACACCACCGCACCCGUUGCAUCAUCAUUUGAAGGGUAUGGCAGACAAGCGACUUCAGGAGCAAGUUGUUUGGGCGUGCCCCUGGGUUCUGUUUGCAGCCGUCUGUUACAAUUCAAUUCAGUUGUGUCAAGACGGGUACGUCCCAGCUCACGCACUACUGUAUUUGAACUUAGCAAUCGGAACCUUUGGUAUUGUGGGCGCCGUCAGACCGGAUUGGAUGACCCCGAGAGUCUUUCUUUGUUACCAUUUCUGUAUAUAUGUAACUCUGAUCAUUAUUGCGAUCGUUACCACAUCCAGAAUUGAGUAUGUGAAUGCGAGCCGCGUGAAAAUAUGUGUUCGUUUCAUGUUGAGUUUGAUACAUGCAAAGCCCAUGGUGUCCUUGUCGCUUGGCAGUGUGUACGUCGCAGCUGUCUCAGCUUUCUCGCCGUGGCGUGACCCUGUAGACGUACGUCAGGAAUUGUUUGUCUCAUUGAUGGUUAGCAUCUCAGCAGCCGUCGUCGCAUGGUCCCGCGAUUCAGAGUUUUUGGCAAUUCUGGAGGCCAAGGCGUCACGACAGUUCGAGUCUACAGCGGACGGGCUGCUGUCAAGUGUGUGCGAUGCAGUGGUACAUCUCUCGAAAGAGCUUCAGCUUUCAAAGCCCUGCGCACUCCUUGCCGCCCUGCUCCUAAGAUCAUCCAGCGAUGUGGCGGCGGGAGUCCACUUUUCCAAUCUAGCGUUUGAUGCCACUGAGAGAGCGCGUCUGAUUCGUUUCUUGGAGCGGCCCAUAUCCGAUACCUACAGCCUCCACAUGUCCUUUAGGGAUUCAUGGGGCAUGCCAAUAAAAGUUGAGCUCUUUCACGCCCGGGGCGUUGACCUACACGACGAGUUGAUCCACAUCGUGGGUGUGAAGGAAGAUUCGGAAGAGCCGCGGGUGGCGCGUCCAGGCGUGUUACGCGACAGCCCAGAGCUACAGAAUUCAAGCGCUGUCGCAAGCAUCCCAGAGAGUUGUAUCAGUGUCUCGACGUCUGAUUCCCGUGGUCCGCUGAUCGACCCCUCGAGCACUGGGAUGGCUGUUCUGAUUGACGAAAAGCAGACUGGUUUGCCCGUGCUGCGGUGCUCACCCGAUUUCUUUAGUUUGUGUGGACCCAUAUGCGAGGGCCCAAAGCUGCUGCAGUGGGUCAUUAAUCGUGCCGACUUUAUGCGUUGGGCGAACAGGGCCUACAACGAUCUGCUUAAUGCUCAUGAUGCAGACCUUGUGCAGGGUGAUGUUCUGGAUGCACAGCCAUUCCGUAUCCGCCUCGAGCUGCCUCACAUGGGCCCGAGAGUCCUCGAAGUAUCGGCGAACGCAAAGUUCAAAUUACCAUCAUUCGAAGACCCACCAGAGGGUGACGAUGGCGGAGCGGCCAUUGCUCAAGGGAUCUGGUUGAUGCUGGAGGACGUCGUCUUCGUCCGCAGGGGACGUCAACGUCGGGCACGGUCGCUGCCAUUGUCAUUGUGAUUUGUUGCAUGUGUGACGUGAGGGGCAGGGGCCCUCCAGCUGUUCCUGCGAUAGUAAUAUCGAGUGAGCCUUUCUUACCGAGUGGGCCUAGGUUCAACCCGCCGCUCAGCGGAGCUGUACUGAGGUACUGGAUGAGAUGCACCGAAGUAUUACCGGUCCCUCUGCCAGGAAUCGUUUCAAGCGUACAGGGUCCUAAGCCCUGAAAGGGGGCAUAGGUGACCCCACACCAGGGCCCACAAGGGACCUUCGCAGUGGUGCAAGCAUUUACGCUUCUCCACCAGCAGUCUCGCCCCCGCCCUACGUGCAUCUUCGACGUCCCGACAUCUCGAUACCUCCUCUCUUCUCUUCUCCGCUCUUGCUUCCCAUGCGGUGCGCUCACGAUGUAGAUGUCCAAUCUCACGUUGACUCCAGUUUGAAAUUCGCUGGACGCGAGAGCCUUUGCUCCAUUUUCUAUCCCUCACCUUAGCUUGAGUUUGAAGUUCCGCUGGACGCGGGAAGCUUCGCUCCAUUUUCUAUCCCUCACUUCUAGCUUGAGUUGGCAGUAUCGAGUCCCCGCCCGGCCCCGCCCCCGAUAUCGAGAUCUCGAGAUCUCCUGAUGCAGCUGCCCGGCUUCUCGGCUCUCGCGGGCUGGCCCUCGGCAGCUCUCUCCGCGCUGCGCGGAAUUCGAAGUUAUGACGCUGAAGGUAGGCAUUGCUUUCGAGCCUCAUUUUGCAUGCAACUUCUGUUUGCCACGGUGCGCAUUUCGCUCGCACCCGCCAAGCAAAAGAGCGGCGCCCGCGGUGGGACAGGUCGGCCCUCGCCGGCAAACUUCUGACGCCCUCGCACGUUGGUCUUUCGACCCUCUUUCUUUCUGACGCCCCGCAAAGUUAAGCAGGAGGCGAUCCUACAUCUGCGGCUGUAAUCUGGCCCGAUCCUCGAGUUGCAGCUGCCCAGCUUCUCGGCUCUCGCGGGCUGGCCCUCGGCAGCUCUCUCCGCGCUGCGCGGAAUUCGAAGUUAUGACGCUGAAGGUAGGCAUUGCUUUCGAGCCUCAUUUUGCAUGCAACUUCUGUUUGCCACGGUGCGCAUUUCGCUCGCACCCGCCAAGCAAAAGAGCGGCGCCCGCGGUGGGACAGGUCGGCCCUCGCCGGCAAACUUCUGACGCCCUCGCACGUUGGUCUUUCGACCCUCUUUCUUUCUGACGCCCCGCAAAGUUAAGCAGGAGGCGAUCCUACAUCUGCGGCUGUAAUCUGGCCCGAUCCUCGAGUUGCAGCUGCCCAGCUUCUCGGCUCUCGCGGGCUGGCCCUCGGCAGCUCUCUCCGCGCUGCGCGGAAUUCGAAGUUAUGACGCUGAAGGUAGGCAUUGCUUUCGAGCCUCAUUUUGCAUGCAACUUCUGUUUGCCACGGUGCGCAGUUCGCUCGCACCCACCAAGCAAAAGAGCGGCGCCCGCGGUGGGACAGGUCGGCACCAUGCCGAGGUCGACGCCCGCGGUGGGACAGGUGGGAAAAGAGCGGCGCCCGCGGUGGGACAUUUUUUUUUGUUUGUCUUUCUCUCUCUCUCUCUCUCUCUCUCUCUAUCUCUCUCUUCAUCCCACGCCUCUUCGCCCCGCUCGUCCACGUCCUGGCGCCCCAUGUCUCAAGCGCUGUCUCGAAGAUCAGCAACAAUCCCAAGAGAGACCCCCCAAACGGCCCCCAACAGGCACCGAACCGGGCCCCAAGAGGCUUCCGCAAUGCUUCGGCCCAUACUGGGUUCAACAGCACUGUCAUCCCAGCAGAAGGGCUGGUUUUCCAGGUGCAGCUUGUGUCUGUCCCGCUAGAGGCGGCUGUGCUCGUCGUCGACGCGCUUGGUGCGCACGAAGCGCCACCGCUCCAAGAUGCGGGCUCGGACUGCUAAGUCGUUGCCCCGACUCGGUGCUUGGUGAGUCGGAUAAUGACGUAGUCACUUCUCGCUGUCGUAAGGCGCGCGCCUACGGAGCUCGUGUGAAGGAUGGCCGUAUCGAGCAAUGCAAGCAAUCGUUGGGCCGAAAUGGCUGCUGCCACACGCAGGCACGCAUACAGUAGACAUUCCUGCAUUCGUGCAGUUACACACAUUCGCACACAUUGGCACACAUUUGCACUUCCCACACGUUUCACACGUUCACACACCACACGCGCGCGCGGCUGGAAGUGUUCGGUUGACAGACUCGGUGCAAUAUUCAGAAGAUUGUGUUUCGUUGUGAGCGAGCGCUCAUGUUUCAGACAUUGUCGCGCUUUUGUGCAUUGCUGCGGUUGCAGCUCAACUCAAGCUGAUGCCAAUGCACCACGCCUGCGCCAUGAAGAACAUAGACGCCGAUGACUUCGACACCAGUGCAGCCUUCAUCCGUGAAAUCAUUCAGUGACGCUAGCGGCGACGACAUAUGGCGAUGAUCAUUGUGACCAUCAUUGCGUACUUACUGCUUGUGUCA